UGAUUGGUUAUUUCCCACAGAUGGCCGUAGUACCAUCGUUCCCUAUGUGUAGAGCAGGACUUCGCGGCUAGUGAGCGGUCGAUCUGCGAACUCCUUCAAAGGGCCGCGCCGUCCAUGGAGAACUUGCGUCUCAUUGACUCCGGGCAUAGUAAUAUACUUCUUGGGCGUAAACCUUCUCAGCUGACCAAUGCUGACAGGUUAUCCCUCUUCGCUCCUCAAAUUGCAUGGUGCCAAUCUACGCAUUUUGCAAUUUGGCUACCGAAAUCUGGAUUCUGCAACAAACAUGGACCCAUCUUCACCACCCUUGAGAAUAGCAGACCAACUCCACUUGGUUCUUUCCAAUCUCUCUCAGUGCCAACUAGAACGGCUCAGUUUGGUCGUUGAUCUUUCCUCGACAGUAGCACGAUAUGGCCACACGAUCGACAGACUCAAUUGGACACCUCACGACCAUCAAGUGCAGCGUCGUCUACAUGACGUGGCGAACGCACCUUCGUUCAACCGGCUCACCAGUGUCAACAUUCAAUUUCACGUCGCUCAAGAUAGGCGUCAAUGGAACCAGACCGAUUUCUCCGAUGCGAUGCAGAUUACCAUAGAGAAAAUGCAAUCUUUACUGGCAUCCUGGCACGACCGCGGGAUCCUCAACGUAUGCGUUCGAAGUCUGCUAUCGUGCUACGGUCCACUGCAGUCCCGCCGAACGUCAUUACGAACAGCACCAUCCAAGGGGCAUUCAACCGUUCUUGCAGGUAGGGCGGGAUCAUUCGGCGGAUCUGGCUACGCUUCAGACACUGAGGGUGUAGAUGGGGCAUGACAGUGAAACACAGACCACUACGAGAAACAGAUACACAUGCAUUGCGCAUUCGAGCGAAAUUUGGACGCACGAUCCAGAUCCACGCAAACUCACGACACAUUCACGGCCGUGUUGAGGCUAUAACACAUGACAUAUGACGGAGGGAUGGAAGACGAUGGUGAAGGUAUCAUUCGUAAUGUUGAGAAGGGCCUGUAUUCGCGUAG